ACAUCACAAACCAGGGGUUUGCUUGUCUCAGAGGGGGAGGGGGUAGAUAAAAACAGCUUGUUACAAAUGCUCAGGUCAGAUUUUUUCUAAACCACAAGUUUGAUAUGACUGUAAAUAUUUGACGUAACUUUUUUGUCUUAUUUUAUAUAAAUGAUUAUUACUAUUAUUAUUAUUUAAAUACAUAAGUGUUAUUAUUAUUACUACUAUAAAGUACAUAUUAUACUCUAAUAUUAAUGUAAAUCUAAAUCAAGAGUGCGAUUAAAGUCUCCCGGAAGUGGAAAGACUUUCGCUCGCGCUGCAGCCUUGUGUUUCCUGUUUACGGGCGGGAAGAGCGAACCUGCGCCUCAGCCUGCCUUGCGUUACAGCUCGUUUCCAUCGCUAUCUUUCCCGGUUCGCCUCUGGAUUAUUUUAGCGCUUUUAUUAAUUCUCCCCAGACGCCCCGUGCGCUCCGCCGCGUGUCUCCGGCGGAAGUUUAAAGCUCUGAUGGAGGAGCCUGCAGACUCCGGAGGCGGCGCGGCAGCGGAGGCCCCCGCGGCGCAGGUGACGGAGAUCCGCUGCCCCGCCGGAGCGCGUCCUCUGCGGCUGCUCGAGUGGAAGGUGAAGCCCGGAGCUCUGGUGAACUUGGACUCCGUGAUCGCGGUGUGCGCGCCGAUCCCCGCCGAAGGCGAGUGCAGAGCGGCCGAGAGGAAGCUGAAGUCGGACCGCGCUGGAGUUGUGCGGGAACUGUGCGGUCAACUCGGACAGGUCAUCGCGCCUGGGAGUGUGAUAGCAAAAGUGGAAGAAUGCAGUCAUCCCAUUGUAAUGAAGGGUUUGUGUGCCGAAUGCGGCCAGGACUUAACUCAACUGCAGAGCAAGAAUGGAAAGCAGCUGGCGCCCAUCUCUACGGCGACCGUUUCCAUGGUGCACAGUGUUCCCGAGCUGAUGGUCAGCUCUGAGCAAGCGGAGCAGCUUGGCCGAGAGGACCAGCAAAGACUUCACAGGAACAGGAAGUUAGUGCUGAUGGUGGAUCUGGACCAAACGCUGAUCCACACCACUGAACAGCACUGCCAGCGCAUGUCCAACAAGGGAAUCUUUCAUUUCCAGCUGGGACGGGGUGAGCCUAUGCUUCACACUCGACUGCGGCCUCACUGCAAAGACUUCCUGGAAAAGAUCGCCAAACUCUAUGAGCUGCACGUCUUCACCUUCGGCAGCCGUUUAUACGCUCACACCAUCGCGGGUUUUUUAGACCCUGAAAAGAAGCUCUUCUCUCAUCGGAUCAUGUCUAGAGACGAAUGCAUCGACCCCUUCUCUAAGACGGGCAACCUCAGAAAUUUGUUCCCCUGUGGAGACUCCAUGGUGUGCAUCAUAGACGACCGAGAGGAUGUUUGGAAGUUUGCCCCCAACCUCAUCACAGUGAAGAAAUACAUCUACUUCCAGGGCACCGGUGACAUCAACGCCCCGCCGGGCUCACGAGAGGCACAGAUGGCCAGAAAAGGUAACCAGGCAGGUCGGCCCGCAGAGAGCUUGGAAGCGUCAGGACAGGAAGAGCAGAGAAACGGUCUCAGGAAAUCCAGCAAGGACCGAAAAACUGGGCAUGAGUCGUCGUCCACCUCUGCCACUGCCACUCAGGGAGCAUCGGCCAACGAGAGGACUCACCCUGCAGGGGAACGGCCCACCGACGGCACAGAUUUAACUGACAAGUGUAAUGUGAAAGCGGAGGGGGAGGGCAGCUCAGGUGAGACGGACACCCCAAACGCUGCUGACGCUGCUGCCAACGACCUGGAUUUUGACCUUUCCAGCGACAGCGAAAGCGAGGGUAAAACGGGAUUAUCCGACAGCGAUGGCGAAGCCAAACAGAGCCAAACAAAAACAGAGGAGUGUAAAAGCAAAGAGGAUGGUGGGGAAGGGGACAAACAGAGGACAGAGGGGGACGAUGUCCCAGAAACAGAUCCCGAGGGUCUCUGCGACUUGGGCAACGGCUGUUCCGACAAGAAAGAAGUAGAAACCGAGUCUCAAAACAGCGAGCAGUCGGGAGUCACCAUGGGCGAGGAGUCUUUAGAUCACAGUAUGGAGGAUGAGGACGAUGAGGAAGAGGAAGACAUCGACCAGGACGACCACCUGAUUUACUUGGAGGAGGUUUUGGUUCGCAUCCACAGCGAGUAUUACUCACGCUAUGAGGCCUUCCUCAGGAAAGAGAGCUCUGAGAGUCCGGACAUACGGAAGAUCCUUCCCGAACUGAAGGGCUGUGCGCUUUCGGGCACCACCAUCAUCUUCAGCGGCCUGUAUCCCACCAGCUACCCAAUGGAGCGCACGAGGGAGUGGUACCACGCCAAGGCACUGGGAGCCAAGCUCGGCAAGACCCUGGUGCUCAACGCCAAAGACCCAAACCGCACCACCCACCUUAUUGCUGCACGCGCAGGUACCGAGAAAGUUCGUCAAGCUCAGGGCUGUAAACAUCUCCAUGUGGUGAAUCCUGAAUGGUUGUGGGCCUGUUUGGAGCGCUGGGAGCGAGUCGAGGAGCGACUCUUUCCUCUCAAAGAGGACUACAUCAAAUCACACAGGAGCAAUAGUCCCGCCACGUUUCCAGACAUCCCCGGGUCCUUCCCGAAGCCUCUGUUCCAGGCCCCUCCUGUCCAGCAGAAGCCCCUGCCAGUGCCAGAAAUGCGGACGUAUGACCCCGUCACCGGCAAACUGAUCCGCCGGGGUCCUCAGGCCUCCCGUCCACCCUCCUAUCUGCACUCGCACGGAUCCUCAAUGUCGGCCAAGGGAGACCUGUCCAGCCUCAGGUCAGCUCAGGGGUCUCAGCAGACGGAUGAAGCUGCAGGAUCGAGUCCUGAUGAUGAGCAGCCUGGACCUUCUCGCAGGAAACGACAGCCCAGCAUGUCUGAAACCAUGCCGCUCUACACGCUCUGCAAAGAAGACCUGGAGAGCAUGGACAAAGAGGGGCCACAAAAGAAAGCUGGAGGAGGCCAGAGAAGACAACGACGAUGAAGAUGACGACGAUGGUGAUGGCGGAUCCAGUAAAGACUCCAAUGAGGAUGAGGAAGGCAGCAGCUCAGAGGCUGACGAGAUGGCCGCUGCACUGGAGGCGGAGCUAAAUGACUUCAUGUGAGCUGAUUGGACGAUGAUGCAUAUGAACUAUUCUGUGUCCUCGUAAGGUACCAGAGACGAAACAUGCGUUUGUGUCGCUGUUAUACAGCGCAAGUAAAUGUGUGCACGUGCGCGCGUGUGUGUGUGUGUGUGUGUGAAAAUAAAACAAAAGGGGUUUACAAAGUAGAUAGAUAUGUACAGAUAGAGUUUUAGUAGAAGUUCAACACAAAGUCAUUUUAUUGUGAAUUUACUUAGCGGUGUGGGAAGUAGAGCUCCUGUGUCUGAUGUUUUACUUAGUUUCUGUUCGGAAAUUAAUUUUUUAUAUAAAUGUAAAUGAAAUAUUUCAACUAAUUGGUAACGAAUGCCAAAGAGUCUGAAGAGCUCUGCUCAUGGACCCCUCAGAAGACGUUCGGAGGGGUUUGUGGUCCUCACCAGCAGUCAAAAUCAGACGUCCGAAUGUGUCCAGUGUCGUCUCUUUCCUUUGGUUUUGUGCCCCGCCCCCUGUGUGUGACUGACACUGUGCUGCACCAAUCCCAGAAUACCAGCACCUUUAGACACGCCCACAGCCACUAUUACCAAAAAAAGACUCCCAACUGCUACGUGAAGAACCGAUAAGAACGUGAAAUGUAAUACAUUUGCAGCAGAGUUGACUCACACCACUAUGGCUUGCGACUGAUUUAUUGCGAUAUUAAAGGAGCAGUUCGCAAAAAUGACUUGUAUAGUUCUGUCAUCAUUUACUCACUCUUUGCAAACCAAAAAUUUGAGAUAUUAAAGGAGUGGUUGACACAAAAAUAAAACUCCUAUCAUCAUUUACUCACUCUCGAGUAGUUAUGAAUUUUUUUUUCGUGAUCGGCAGAACAAAGAGAUUCAUACCGAUUUGAAUCUACUUGAGAAUGAGUAAAUGAUCUUUGGGUGAACUAUUCCUUUAAGAAGAAUGUCUGAGCUGCAACAGUCUUAUAAAAGUGAUCCUUAUGACAUUUAUCUCCAUAUUUCAUGUCUCCUGAAAUAACUUUAUGUGAGGAAAAUACAGGAGAGUCUUUGUUUGCUUAAUUUCAAGCUUUCGAUGCAAAUUUGACAUGAAGCUCGUUAACAAGACGACCGAUAUUAAUGCAUUAUUUUAAGAGUCCAUGUGGCUUUUAGAGCUUUGUAGAGUUGAAGAUGAUCAGUUUGCUCCUCACACAAAUAAAUACUUUGAAAGUUGCUUAUGAGUCACAUGGGCCACUUUUAAUGCUUUUGUUCGUCUUGGAGGUCGACGUUAAUAUGAAUAAAUCCGACUUUUGCUCAGAUGUUCUGCGUCUCUACACAUGCGCUAGUAAAUGAUAACAGACUUGUCGUGUUUGUGUGAACUCUUUCUGUAACGACCUACGAACUGAUGCUUGUGGGUUUUGACGUGAACGCCAGCUUUGGCAGAUAUCAUCCUCUUCACUGGGCUUCAGGUGCUGAUAGUGAACACUGUGGCAGCGUUGAACCGGGUGUUUGGUUGGCUCUCGCCGCCCUGAACCAUCACUGUACACACACUGAUCCGAUCUGGACCCGUUCUGAGACGCUUUUCUUCUGCCGAGCCGAGACGUCCAGAUCCAAGUCGGUUUCUCCGAGGUUUGCGCACCUCGUCCCUCGUGUUGUUUUGGACUGAUGGAUUUUCUUUCGCUUUCAUUGUGCCGUUGUUUUCGACAAUGUAAAGUAUUUGUAUAUUCUAUUUCGUACUUGACAAACAAAAUGCUUUUCAUUUAAUAAAGAUUUGUUUUAUAAA